UGAUGAAAACAUGGAAAACGAGUCGCCGGAUACUCGUCCGCUAGGUCCUCGUAAUAGGCCUCGUGCGUCACAUGCUUGUGAACGCUGUCGGAUCAAGAAGGGAAGGUGCAACCAGCAGCAGCCUUGCUCGUCAUGUGUGCGUGUCAGCGCGCCAUGCUUUUAUGGAGAGGAGAGAAGGAGAACAAGAAGAAGGAAGGGUGAUCGAGUAGGGGAAGCUCCGNAGCAAGAUGAUAUGCGAUCGCAAGCUACCCCUCGACCCUGGCCAUUGACUCGGGAUGCUGCGUCGCUUUCUGCCCAAGAUGUCCUCGAAGAUGUAUCCAACAGUGCUUCCAUUUUGGAUAUGAGUCCAGAAGUCAACGUCAACUCCGUGCGCUCAGGCGAUGUGAAUCAACACACUCAAGGAACUGAGUUUUACGGGACAUCUUCCAACUAUGUACUGCUCAACCAGCUGUUCUCUCACGCUCGACAACACAGUCUCUCCAGACAGACCCCAAAUCCUGGUCGCUCAAAUCAACCAGCAAUAAACCCUGAUCAGAGAGACCCUACUCCGGCAGGAAGAAUGUCUCUUGUCAAUCUACUUGCAAAUGAAGAUGAUCUGCUGCCUCCCUCGAGAGAAAAGUCACCACAUCAAACAUCUCCUUCGGCAGUUCGGUCAUCCGCUUUUCGUACUCUACAACAAUCGAAUGACCGUGCGUCGAGCAGUAUAUCUCCUGCUUUAAAGUUUCUCGUUGCCGAAAGACGCCUUGAGAAAGCACUCGUUCGCAGCUAUAUGCAUAAUUUGCACUAUCUGCAUCCCAUGAUUGACUGUGACACAUUCAUCGGCCUAUAUGAGGAAUACUUGGCACAGUCUUACAAUCUGCAUGAAAGAUCUCCUCAGCUCAGGCACUUCUUUGCUCUCUACAACAUUGUUGUUUCUGUUGGAGCACUCGUAGCUGGAUCAGAUCUUACCGAAGAGUUUCACCACGAAAUCAAAAUGAUGCUGCAAAACAGAAAAGAUACCCAAGAUCUUGGGAAAGCUCCAUUACAAGGACUAUCAAGGCACUAUUUCCGAAAAUCGCGAAGUCUGCUUGGAGACGUGUUUGAGGCAUGCUCUUUGGAAAGUGCUCAGACGCUCUUGUUGAUGUCUCUGUAUUGCCAGAAUUCGCUAAAGCCACACGCAUGUUACAUGUACUGUGGAAUGGCUGUUCGAACUGCGCUUGCUAUUGGCCUACCAUCUGAGUCGAUGUCGAAUUCCGUCGAGGCUUGCAAGGCUGCACGAAGAACUUGGUGUCUUGGGAAACCAAGAAAGUAUCCCAUCCUGCAACCUCAGAUCAAGGCGAAUUCGAGCUCCGACCCGGCCUAUCUGGAGGGAUCCAAUAUCUCUAUGAUCAACGUGAUGGUCGACUUCGCGGUCAUACUGCGACGUAUCUCCAAGGACAUAUACCAUUGUCAGAAAGAGGUAACUGCCUCCCAGAAAUCGACUGCUGCUUUCUUCAUAGACGCGCUCCUCGAUCAAUGGAAGCUCAGCCUCCCGGCCUGGCAUAACUUUGACGUUGUCGACUUUCGAGAACCAGAAUGGGCCGCAAAACAAAAGCUUGUUCUCCAACUGCGCUACCUGAACGCUCGUGUUAUUUUGCAUCGUCCAUUCCUAUCAGACUCGAGCAUGGGUGCGCUCCAAGAGAGGCAGAAGCAUAUCGAUCUAUGUCUCGAAGCAGCCCGUAAGACCAUACAAAUCUUGUACGAGUCGUACGCGAACAAACACUAUUUCCGUACAUGGUGGUAUAAUUCGACCUACACCUUGUAUGCUGGAAUGAUCGUGCUUUAUGUUGUCAUGCUUGGACACAGCACUGUCGCGCACGAUAUCCUGCUAGACGAUGUCAAGAAGAGUCGAGACAUCCUGAGAUCUAUGGAAGAAGCAAGUGUGGCUCGCCGUAGUGCAGACUUGUUGAGCGAAGUUUUGGAGGUCGCUACUGCUUACACACAGAAAAAUCAGGAUACAAGGGCCAACGUGCCCGCAGCGCUUCCUGCAAGCUAUGCUUCUGACGAUCAUGCACGCCAUGGACCUUCACUUUUGCCAAGUGAGAUCAGUAGCACGAGCUUCGUCCAGGAUCCGGAAGCAUUCAUGGCAUCCUUGAUUGACCCCAGCAUACUUCAAGAUUUUACCAUGGACUCGAACGAUUGGACAGGAUUUGGCUUCUCUCCAUCACUGGAGGACUUCCAGGAAGCAAGCGAUAGUCGAACCAAUGUCUUUUCCAUCAACAGCACUGAGAGGAGACAUGCCACGACU